AUGUACGGCGCCAUCCAAGCCGACGACACUCGUCCGAGCAGCGCGCGGAAGGCCAGCACGCGGUCGCUUGUGGCUGCGACCCUCGCUAUCUGCAUCACGACCCUCCUAUGUGUCGUGUACCUCGUCACUGAAGCGCAGACGAUCCUGCACGAGCUCCGACUAGCGACAGUCCCGACCUCCUCGCUGCACACGGUGGCGUCGCCAGUAGCAGCGCUGGCGUCGCGCACGAGCCUCAACCGCGACUUUGGUGGGCUGGCCAAUGGGACUCGCGUCUUGAUUGUGCACGCGGGCGACGACUGGCUCGCCCAGUUUGGCCAGGAGGUGGCGCGUGGAGCUGCCAGCGUCACGACAGCCAUCAAAGUGCUGCACCCGGUCAACGCGUCCAUCUCGGACGUGCUCUGGGCCGACGCUGUGAUCCUCGGGAGCAACGUCUACAACGCCAACGUGGACCCCGAGCUCAUGGCGUGGAUCAACACAUGGCCGGCCACACACGACCUGAGCGCCAAGGUCGCCGGCGCCUUUGCAUUGGCCGGCGGUAUGAGCUCGGGCGAGGAGCUCGUGCUGCUCAACCUCCUCCACUCGCUCAUGAUCUUUAAAUUCGUUGUCGUCGGUGGCGAUGCGUGGACAAGCGCGUUUGGCGCCUCGGCCAUCAUGGGCGAAGGACCCUUUCACCUCGGCACCAACAACAGCAGCAAUCAACCUGGUGCGUGGCCGUCGAUCUGCUAUCGCCACGACAACCACAUUCCCGCGUACUUUCUCCUGAAAGCCCAUGGACUCGGGCAGCGCGUCGCUACUGUCGCGAGCAAACUGCGGGCGCCACACGAAGCGUGAGCGCGUACAAAGACAGUUGCGUUUACAUAAUCAA